CUUCGUGCAGAAACUACAUUAGCUCUUUCUCAAAUCUUCUAGAAUCAUCCUCAAUUCUCUCAAUCUUCUUCAUCAGUCCAUCACCAACACAACUUCAAAACACUCACUCACAAUAAAAAAAUCAAAAUUCCUAAAAAAAAAACCCUAAACAUCAACAAUGUUCGGAGUCGUCUUCCCCAAUCGAAGUUUCCCACUCGACAUCUCAACCUUCACUCAAAUCGACACAUUCCACUGGGUUCUGGACAUGAACCACUUCGUCGGUGAAGCAUAUGAUCAAAUCUCAGAGAUGUGUAUCUUCUUGUUAAACAAUUUCAAUCUUCCACCAGAUAAAGCUUUAGCUGUUUAUCUCCAAUCUCCAGGAUCAGCUUUUGUCUUCUGUGGUGCUGUUACUUUAGCUAGACCAUCAGCUGUGUUGUCUCUUCAAUGGCCUGAACCUGGUAGUGCUGCUCAGAUGCAACUCACGGCGGGUGAUUCGAGUUCUUUAUCAGCGAAAAUCGGUGUUUCGGUUGAGGAUAUAACGGCGUUGAGGUCGUUGGAUGUUGUGGCGGAGAGGAGGAUUGAGAAAUUAGCUAUGAAAGUUGGAGAGAAUUUGUUUAACUUUAUGCAGUCUUUUUGUGGUGUUGAUGGAAGUAAAUUGGUUGUUCCUAUGGAUAUUUUGGAUCGUUGGUUUAAGAAGUUUCAGGAGAAAGCUAAACGUGAUCCUGAUUUUCUUAAGAGCUUUGCUUUGUAAGGUAGAUGAAAGGGUCAAGAUUAAAACCAGCUUGUGUUUCAGAUCUGGUCGUGUUUAUAUGAUGAAUCUAAGACGAGAUUGUAGUUUACUUGAUCUGCCAGUGAGAUGUGAGAGAUAUGCAUAUUUGCUUUCAAUUGCAACUCAACAGAGGAAGGUUUGACCUUUUUUGGUCUGAUUAUGAAAACUUGUAGUGAGAACUUGAUGAGUGGAUGCUGUUUCAGAUUCUGGUCAUGUUCAUAUGUUCAAUCAAACUAUGCUUUUAAGCAAUUUAUAGUGUUGAACUUGAUAUCUUGUUGAAUUGAGGUCAAUGAAAGGUGAAGACUUAAUUCCUA